CCGCGUCGGUGCUUCAUUUUCGGUGUCUCGAAAAGACGCCUGGGAAGGACCUUGUCUCUUUGUCGACACAGCUGUCGGGUUGUCCUGGGCGUCGUUAAAGGGCAAAAGUGCCUAUUUUGGUCGCCUCACCAUUUUGAUAGGCUCGCCUGUCAUGGCGGAUGGACGGCUCCCUCGCUGACACGGCCACGCUCUAGUCCAGCAGUAAACGACAAGCAUCACCCUUCACGGCCCAGAGCGUUGUGUCUAGAGGAUUAUCCGCGCGCAUGCUCCAGUGAGUGUCAGUUUGACAGCGUCAUACUAAGAAUGGCAGACAGGUGUAGGAACAAGGACCCUUUGGCUGCUCGGCCCACCACCGUCCCAUGCCAAUGCCAUGCGCUGUCAGGACUCAUCAGGACAAGCCAGCCCUAUGGGAGAUGGUCUGUUUCGAUCAACAAAGAAUACACGCCCACGACUCGGCGAAACAGCUGUCUCAUCAGGCCGACUGCCAGGCACGCGGAGAUCCCUAUAGGACGGCUCUGGAGCUCUGGAGUCGUUUGUCCAUGUCAGAAUCCACUCUUCAUCUGUCGACCAAUGGCCGCUGUUUCACCCCCUUUUGUUUCGACAGCCAAACGCAGUCUCCUGUUUCGCCCAAAUUCGCUCUACACGUUGCCCUUCUUUCGCCUCUUCGCACGCACAUGAGCACAUGCUGCGCCUUGACGCCCUUCCUGCUUGAUGUAUCCCUCGCGUUGGCGUCGUCAUUUUUGUCAGCCCGAGGCUAA